AUGGGUCUUCUAACUGAUUAUCUUCGAACUUCUCCCAAGCAAAGAAAGGCUGUCCAAAGGAAACACACAACAAAAGCAAAAACCAUCGACGACAAAUCCCCUACAACUAUGACUUCAGAAACUCAUUACAUGACGCUUGAUGGCGAAUGUCCCAAUGGUGGUGUCCCUACAGGUACUCUCUUUCUGCCAGUGGAAGACGUCGAUCUCGAGGAACUACCUCCCAACGGAGGCAUACCCCCAGAGGAUACACUACAUGGGCCGCCCGCUAUUUACGCAAGCCAUCUCAAUAAUCAAGUCACUCAGCAACUCAUGUGUGGCGGAUUCAACAUAUACAAUCACCAUUAUCAUGGCAAUGGUCAUGGUCAAACCAGGAUCCGGGACGCCCAAACACCAAGGACGCCGCCUAAGACUUACAUAAGGUUCAUCGAGGAAGGCAUUCGUCCCUGUGACGUCUACCUAGAUGCCGACUACGACAAUAUCCCAUCAGCUCUUCUGACUUUUGACAAGACUACUACGAUAGAACAGUUUCUCCAGAAAGUGGGCUGCCCUGCCAGGAGAGGUAAUGGUGUCCAACAAGUGUUUCCAAUGCGGCAUCAGCGCUGGGGAGCAGGCCAGAUCUUCAAGUGGGGCAUUGGCGACCGUUCGCAAACACUGGAAGGUAGCGAGCUAGCGAAGGGUGAAUGUGGGAGAGAGGUAUGGCUUUGUUCGUGGACCGAGUGA